ACCCGGGCUUUCUGGUAGUAAGGGAAGUAAUCGAAGAAAUACUUCCUGUUCCCGUUAUCAAGAUGGCUGCCAAUGUGUGUACAAAUUUAGCCAGACGAUAUGUAAACUAUGGUUUAACUUCAAGGCUUUGUCAUCGGUGUUACACUCAUGGUCGCCAACUGACAAAUUCUGAAGUGAGAAGAAAACGGACCACCCUCUUUGAAGCGGAGAAACAACGACAGUUGGCGCUGGUGACGCGGACAGAGAAGAUUGAGGUGCGGCAUGUGGGGCCGCCCGAGGAGUGCACCCUCAUCAUGAAUAAAGGUCUCUCAACACCGUUCAACUGUGCCAUGCAUAUUCAGGAACUGUUGAUGACCAGAUCUGCCCUUGCUCUAGUUAAUGGACAGCCGUGGGACAUGCACCGCCCCCUGGAGGAAGAUUGUGAACUACGCUUUCUGCAUUUUCUAGAUGAAGACCCCAGACUAGUGAACACGGCAUUUUGGCGGUCAUGUUCGUUCAUCCUAGGGCAUAUAUUAGAGACAGCGUUCAAAGACAAGUUUUAUGUUGAACUAUGCAGUUUUCCCAAGCCUGACAUUCUGAGUGGCAGCUUCGUGUGUGAUGCAGAUUUGAAAAUACCUCACUGGAAGCCAUCUGCUGUAGAAUUAAAUAUUUUAGGUGGACAAGGUGUAAAACUUUACCAUGAUGAUUUCAAGUUUGAGCGACUUGACGUAGAUGCCUCUCUAGCCAGCCAGAUGUUUGAAGACAACAGGUUCAAAUCUCAACAAGUUCCGUUAAUAGCAGCCGAGUCGGAAUCAGGAAGCAGAAUAACUCUAUACAGGAUGGGUACACACAUCGACAUGAGUUGUGGCCCCUUGAUAAGCAGCACCAAUCACAUUGGGAGAUUUUCUGUUUCAGCGGUUCACAGUAUUGAGAGUUCAGACUUUGGUUCGUUGUCGAGGGUGCAGGGUGUCGCCUUGCCGACAUCAGUGAAGAUGCAUUAUUGGUCCUAUGAGAUAUUACAGAAAAGAGCUGCUAAACUGAAUCCUGCACCAAUUCCGUCUGUACAGACAUCUGUUUCGGGCAUGGCCAUGUUAGAACAGCAGUGACAAAAAACUGAUAUAUACACCAUCAUGUGACUGUUGAGAGAAACCAGGAUAUGAAUAUUCAUGUUGUGUGGAUCGUGUUACAUAAUAAAGAGUGGUUGAAAAAACUGAUAUAUACACUAUCAUGUGACUCUUGAGAGAAACCAGGAUAUGAAUAUUCAUGUUGUGUGGAUCGUGUUAUAUAAUAAAGAUUGGUUAAAAAAACUGAUGGUUUAUACAGACAGAAAAUAAAUAUUAAUAUUAAUGUGUUAAAUAGAUAUUACCUAGAUAGCAUACUGCAUGUGAGCCAGUAGCUUCAUCGUUAACCCACUGGCAUGUUGACUCACUGCUGGCUACUCACUGGAUUGUGCUGGACAAUCACUUUGGUUGUCAGUUUUGCCAUUAUUUGGCUUGACUAUCACAAGCCAUUAACCAACAUUGCUGUGCUAAUUAAUUCAGUGAUUAACAAUACAGAUGAUUUAUAAAAGUUGUGAAUUUCAUUAAUGUUGGGUUCCAUUGUGCCUGAGGGGUGAAGUUUAGAAAAAUGCAUUCAAACUGUAAUUUCCUAAAGACUACUACACCAUUUCGAAUUAAAUUUGAAGGGGAAGCUUCCUUGACCCAUGGAAAAACUAAAUCAUUAAUAUGGUCAUUCUGAUCCCCCACCCCCAUGGAAAAUGGGUAUGUGCAUUCCACGAGUCUGGUAGCUGGGGUGAAUAAUUUACACGGUGACCAUUUAGUUUCAUGGGCCUUGUUUUUUAUUUACUUAGUGAGGUGUGGUACUAUUUAUAUUCGAGGUAUAUAUACUCACAGUAAAAAGUUCUGUGCAUCAUUAAAAUUUCAGUGAGAUGUAUAUUUAUAAAAUUUUAAAAUAU